AUCAUCAUUAUUUCAAGAUAUUAAGGUUCAUUAUUUAAGUGAAAACUUGAGCAAAACAAAGCAUGUAGUAUUAAGUUUCAUUAUUUUGGCAUCACUUUAGCCAGCUUUAAUGCCAUUUUCUAGUGGAAGGUGGAAAGUUUAAAACUUAAGUUUUGGUAAUAUUAGAAUAUUUUAUCUAAUACCAUCAAAUCGGGUUCCACAAGUUCCACUUAACUCUUCUAAAAGAGUGCAUUAUGUGAAUCCAAACCCAGUUACCCAAAAUAGGAACUUAAGGAAUCUGGGAUUUAUAUUCAGUUUCAAUAUUUGAGUAAAAAGUCAUGUUUGUCUUCCUUGAACAGGGAAAACAAGAAUCUUACCGAUUUUAAAGUUGGUUGUUAGAGUUGAAAUAUUUGUCGAGAAUGGAUAAUUUCUGAUUUGAUGCCUUUCAUCAUAAUAUUUUCAAGAGAUGUGGUUCUUUAAUUCCACACACAUAUCAGGUAUGUGAUGUAUAGCCACUUAGGUUUAACAUAAAAAUUAUGAUUAUUUUAUUCUGUGCCCCAUGAAAGUCAAGGAGAUUUUGUCUCACUAUCCAUCCAACUAUAAGCAAUCUGCAGUAAUCCCUCCGCUUGAUCUUGCCUAACAGCAGCAUGGGGGCUGGCUCCCUGUUUCUGCAAUGAAUGCGUGAUGACAGCAAUGUAUGAAUAUGGGAGUAGUAGUGAACCAUCAUUCUCAACUGCUACUCAGGAUUCUUCUGCUGAUGAUGAUUUCUCAACAGAGUAUCUUCAAGAUGCUUUGCUUGAAUUCGGGGAUCGUUCCAAACGUAGGCGCUUGCUGCCAAAUGUUGACAAUCAUCAUGAUCAACAAUAUUCCAAGACUAGUAGUAGUGAUCUUGAAAAGAGCUUGUGGAACUUGAACCCCACAUACUGCAUGAGCCAGAAUAUAGAAAGUAUUUUUGGACUUUCAGAUGAGGACAUAAUAAGCACAUUUUGGAGUAGAAUAAUGAGAGAGGAAGCAAAGAUUCUUGUAGAAGAAGAGACAACAACAAGUACUAAUACCAUAUUAUCAGGGGAAAUGGAAUUCAUGUACAAAAGAUUGGAGCAUGAAGCAGAAGAAAAGGCACAAGCCCUGAAGGAGAUUAGAGAGACAGUGAAUCACAGGAAUCAUAUAGAUGGCAGUGUGAAAUUGAUUGGUACUUCAUUAUUUAGCUAGCUUUGGAUUCAGCACCCAUUCCAUGGUUAGUACCACCAUUGACAAUACAUUUGGUUUUUGUAGAGCAAUUAGUAAUUGACUCUCUAAUUGAUGUCACUACAAUAGAAGGAUAACUUAAUAUUAGUGAUAUUUAAGCAUAGUAAGAAGUGUAUUAUUUUAGUGAUUACUAGUUUAUAGCGGUUUACUAGUUUACACCUUUUGAAAGUUUUUUUUCUGUAUCUUUCAUGAGAAUUGUGAUUCGUUUACGGGUAGCAGGCUGUAAUCUGUUUUUGAUUGGAUUGGCUUAACUUUGAAGCUUACAAUUAUGUAUUGAAUUUAGUUGGA